AUGAACUCUGAUCCUUUAAGAAUGAGCUUCAAGCUCUCAUUCCAUGAUGAGCCAGUGAGCAGUGAGCUUGAACAAAUACUGACAGAUACUGAAGCACCAUACUUUAAGAGAAUCCGUUCAGCUUCUUGGCUUGAACUGAAAUUUCUUUUCCAGCUUGCAGCUCCGGCUGUGAUAGUUUACUUGCUCAAUAAUGUUGUUUCCAUGUCUACUCAGAUCUUUUGUGGUCAUCUUGGAAACCUUGAGCUUGCUGCUGUCUCUCUUGGUAACACUGGUAUCCAAGUUUUUGCCUAUGGCCUUAUGGGAAUAUGGUCAGGCAUGUUAGGUGGCACCCUUCUGCAGACUAUAAUUCUUUUGUGGGUUACUUUGAGAACAGAUUGGAAUAAAGAGGUGGAGAGUGCCAAAAACCGGUUGAGUGCAUGGGAUGACAAAAAGCAGCCUCUUCUGCUGGAAUAG